AUGGAAGCCCCUCACGUCAUGGUCGUGGGCGACGAAGCACAUCUGCCUGGCAACCCCCACAAAUAUGAUGAUCUGCUCUGCCCGCCUGCGAUUAUCGACCCCAUGGCGGUCGAGGGAGGAGAGGAAAAGGGAAAGAAACACAAAAUCAGGCGAGAGACUGGCGACUACGACGCCGCGCACCACCGAUUUCGAACCCUGACCAAGGAGUACUCGCAGCAGUAUGCACCCCUUUACUAUCACCGACUCCAAAAGAUGCGACCACGGCUGCUCCAGGCUGCCAAAGAGCGGUGGGAAGGCAAAUUGGGAGUAUCUUCUUCAUCUUCAUCGACUGCCAAGCUGCCGCGAAUCGUGAACAAGAUUCUGGAACUGAGGGCCGAUGAGGAGGUCAUCGUUGCCGGUACGCUCUACAAAGAAAUGCCCCUUCGCCCAAACAUCCUCGAGUCCUACGCCAAGGAGCGCUCGAUCAUUCCGCCUCCGCUUCGUUCCAACUACGUUAGCGAGAAGGACCGUCUCAUCAUCGAAGACGAGUCGGGUCGUAUCUCCUUGGUUGGCGUCGACCUGCCUACGGACCUUGUGGUCACGGGCAUCAUCGUCGCUAUCCGGGGAGUCGAGCUCAAGGACGGCGACUUCCAGGUGGAUGACAUCAUCUUCACUGGCAUUCCCAUGCAGCUCAAGCGUCCCAUCCUCGAGAAGGACAAGUACGUCGCCCUUGUGUCAGGAAUCAACAUCGGGGAGGAGGUGAGGAAUCCCCUCGCCGUACAGCUCAUGGUCGAUUACCUCUCCGGCCACAUUGGCGGUGCCGCGGAACAAGAGUUCGAGUCGCGGAUCUCGCGACUGAUCAUCGCAGGCAACUCGUUGGUCCCGCCAGAGGAAAAGACCGACGGCGCUGCGGUCAAGAACUACCAGAAGGUACUGUGCCAGUUGGCCGCCAGCAUGCACGUGGACAUCAUGCCCGGUGCCGGAGACCCAGCCAACUUCGUCCUGCCACAGCAGCCCUUCAACCCUUGCCUCUUCCCCACGGCGAGCCGCUAUGCCACGUUCUCUUCGGUGACCAACCCCUAUCAGUGCCGCGUCGACGGCCUCUUCAUCGUCGGACACUCGGGACAACCCGUCGAUGACAUCAAGAAGUAUAUCGACCCAAGCAAGACUGACACGCUCAGGAUCAUGGAGGACACGUUGAACUGGUCGCACCUCGCGCCCACGACUCCGGACACCCUCGGCGCCUACCCCUUCUCGGGCGAGGACCCGUUCGUGUUGGACGAGUGCCCGCACAUCUAUUUUGCCGCCAACCAGGCCACCUACGACUCCAAGCUCAUCACCGGUCCCAAGGGGCAGGUGGUGCGACUCAUUUCGGUGCCGUCGUUCACCAAGACAAGCACCAUCGUGCUGGUCAACCUCAAGACUCUGGCCACUCACCCCAUCACCUUCAACGCUGAUCUCGAUCUCUGA